UUCAUCUCUUGUUGCGACUGACUUCCGCAGUUGAACGGAAAACUUGGCAGGCACACUGCCGACUAAUUACGACCAAAUUAAAUAAAUAAACGCAACUAAUAUGGACAGUUAACAAAAUGUGUAGAGCGAAACGCAACAAAGAGCACACGCCCAGACCGGAGUGAUACGAAUAUCACGUUUUUUUUUUAUGUUGGUUCCGAUUGAAGAGUGUGGUGCAAAAGAGGCAGAGAGGCUCUAUAUAGGAGUUGUGGAGCGCGAAGUGUGUGUGGAGAGUGGAAAGUAAAAGUGGCGGUGCCUGUCUCUAUACGUGUGUGCGAGUGCCAGUGUUAGUGUGUGUGUGUGUUGACGCGUUUGUUUGUGACGGUGUGUGCCGAAAAAGAAGUUGCAGAAACAAAAUCGGCGACGGCGAGGAGUUACGCAAAAAAAAAAACAAGAUACCCAAAUAGCAAUCACAACGAAGGAUAUUGUGCAAAAGAAAACAACCUCGGAUUUUGCCCACUGCCGCGAGUUAGUGCUAAAGUGGUUUGAGUGUAAAAAAGCGACUAAGUGAGCGAGGGAAAGGAGUGGCGUGAAGAGGAGCCGCGGACCAAGCGUAGCGCAGUGCGUGCGAGCGAGCAAGAGCGACCGGCGCAAUGAGCAGCAUUGUUGGCGAGAAUCACGGCACCACCAGCCUCCCACACCCUACACCACCACCCGCCGCCGCCACCACAGUGGUGGUCAGCAGUAGCGUCUCCAGCAGCGCUGGCGGAGGGGGAGGUGGUGUCGUCAUGGGCGUAACCACCGCCAACGGUCCGCGCGUAGUCACCAUUUACAAAACUGAAACGGGCUUCGGCUUCAACGUGCGCGGCCAGGUGUCCGAAGGCGGGCAGCUGCGGUCCAUUAACGGGGAGCUGUACGCACCGCUGCAGCACGUGAGUGCCGUGCUGGAAAAUGGGGCGGCGGAGAAGGCUGGCAUUAAGAAGGGCGACCGCAUACUGGAGGUAAAUGGCGUCAGCGUGGAGGGAGCCACACACAAACAGGUCGUGGAUCUGAUCAAAUCCGGCGGCGAUUGCCUAACGCUCACGGUGAUAUCGGUGACACAGCAGGAGGCCGAUCGUUUGGAGCCGCAGGAGGAUCAGAGCGGUUACUCCUACAUUGACUACUCGGACAAGCGAUCGCUGCCCAUCAGCAUUCCCGACUACGGAAUCAUCAAUAGGAAUGGCGAGCGCUACAUCGUCUUCAACAUACACAUGGCCGGUCGGCAACUGUGCUCGCGUCGGUACCGGGAGUUCGCCAACCUGCACUCGCUGCUGCGCAAGGAAUUCUCCGGAUUCAACUUUCCAAAACUACCCGGCAAGUGGCCCUUCCAGCUCAGCGAACAGCAGCUGGACACACGGCGUCGCGGCCUCGAGCAGUAUCUGGAGAAGGUCUGCGCUGUCCGAGUGAUUGCCGAGAGCGAUGCCGUGCAGGACUUUCUCACGGACACCGAAGACGAUAUAUCCGCCGCGCCGGUGGAUAUCAAGGUGAUGCUGCCCGACCAUGAGGUGAGCACGGUGUCGGUGAAGAAGUCCUCCAACGCCCAGGUUGUGUGGGAGAUCCUAGUGCAGCGCGCCAACCUCACCGCCUACACGCAGCAAUAUUUCUACCUGUUCGAGAUCGUCGAGUACAAUUUCGAGCGGAAACUGCAGCCGCACGAGAUACCACAUCAGCUAUACGUGCAGAACUAUAGCACCGCCUCCUCUACCUGCCUGUGCGUGCGCCGAUGGCUGUUCUCGGUGUCCAAGGAACUGACGCUGCCGGACGGGGAGCAAGCGGGUCGCUUUAUCUUCUAUCAGGCGGUGGAUGAGGUGAAUCGUGGGAAUAUCCGAGCGGAUGGCCGCCUCUACGAGCUGAAGGCGCUUCAGGACGCCAAGAAGGCGGUCGAUUAUUUGGCCUUGGCCCGCACACUGCCCGGCUACGGGGAUGUGGUCUUUCCCCACUGCUCCUGUGAUAGUCGCAAGGAAGGACACGUGGUGCCCGCCGUGGGCAUGAAGAGCUUUCGCCUGCACGCAUGCCGCGAGGAUGGCUCGUUGGAGGCGCAAAUGGUCGAGCUGACCUGGGACAGCAUCACCCGCUCCGAGAGCGACGAGGAGUCCAUGUCAUUUUGCUUUCAGUACAAUCGUCCAGACAAGCCGGCACGUUGGGUCAAAGUCUACACGCCAUAUCAUGCAUUCCUUGCGGACUGCUUUGAUCGGAUCAUGGAGGAGCGCAAGUGGGAGGACAGCGGCGACUAGGGAAGGCGCAAAGACCAGGAUAUGGAGAGCGGGAAAGGAAAGGAGCCGAGGAAGCGUCGGCAGGAAGCACAGUUUAUUACAAAGCCAUGCAGGCGGGCCGAGACUUUGCACAUUUUUCGUUAGAUCGGGGAUUAUAGCUUGGCUGGCUGGCCAUAUCCUCUGCCCUCUUACAUACAUAAAUAUUGUAAAGUAUAUCUUGAUUUGUGCAGGGACGACUAGCAAUGGUAUUCGGCAAGGGUUAACAGCAAAGAAUAAGAAAUGUUUCAAAUGUUUUUCGGCACUUUCUUAGCACAUAAAGCAACAAAAGCAGGCACCAAUUUAGAUCAAGCAGAGCAUGAACCGACGAUUCUCAUUACAUACAUACAGUACAUAUAAUAAAAUAUAUAGAGAUGAAUAUAUAUAUAUAUAUACAUAUGUUUAAGCCAACCUCAGCGUAUAUUUAAUUCACACCAUGUUCCCCGAUUUGCCCCACAAUAGUCUCUGUUUUGUUCUUACAGAAAGGCAAGACAAAUGUAAAAAGUCAAUUUUAAACAUGCAUACAUUAUUCGAUAUGUAAUGUAUAUAUAAUAUAUGUAUAUACACAAUACAUACGCAUAAAUGUUUACCAACAAAUCGUGCACAGAACGAACUCAAAGGCGACUCAAAUAGAAGAAAGCAGAGAAACAAGGGGAUGUGUGGACAUGGGAAAGUGUAGAAGCAUAAAAUCAAUUUAACGAUGAUCAUGUUGAAAUUAUUGUACUCAUUCAAAAUUGUUAGUUAAAUCUAAGCAUUACGUUAAUAGUUAUUAUACAAUAACGAAGGGAAAGCACUCAAAAACCAAACUCAAAUUCAACUUGGACGGAGGCGGCGGCAGGGCUUCUUCACACACGACGCAAAGAGCAUUAAACACACGAAAAACAAACAAAAAUUAAUUGAAAGCACUGCAUAUUUAUAAAGGGAAGAAUAACAAAUGGCAUAUAGGCAUAUAUACAUAAUACAUUUAUCAACGAUGCAAGUGAAGUCUGCUUGUGAUAUUUACAAUUUACACAAUUAUAAUUAUUAAU